UAGAAGAGAACGGGGCGAAAAAAAAUUAAACGAAAGCUCGUCUGGAGGGAGUGAGCUUCCUGACCAGAGUUCAGCUAGUGAAGGAAGUUGUCUCAAAGGGGACCGACGUGCACGGAGAAGUGGUGAUUUUCUUGCAACAGCUGCACCGACGGUGCUGUUGGAAGUUCCGGGAGAUUCCUCUCCGCCUCGGUGUUUGAGUUUUAGCAGGGAACAGCAGCACACCACGUCGUGCCACACGGGGAGGAGAGGAGAGAGAGGGCAGAAGUUUCCGCUGGCUUGUUUUGUCGCUGCGCGGCUGGUAAAUCCGCAGGAAUGUCGCAGAAGGAGAGACCCACUUUCUACCGACAGGAGCUCAACAAAACAGUGUGGGAAGUCCCAGAGCGAUACCAGCACUUAUCUCCCGUCGGUUCUGGUGCUUACGGAUCUGUAUGUUCGGCAUUUGAUGUGAAAACAGGCCUGAAGAUAGCAGUAAAGAAGUUGUCUCGACCCUUCCAGUCUAUCAUCCAUGCAAAGAGGACCUAUAGAGAGCUGCGGCUGCUCAAACACAUGAAGCACGAGAAUGUCAUUGGUCUUUUAGAUGUCUUUACGCCAGCGAUGACCUUAGAGGAGUUCAACGAUGUCUAUCUGGUGACACACCUAAUGGGUGCAGACCUCAACAACAUAGUCAAGUGUCAAAAGUUGACCGAUGACCACGUCCAGUUCCUCAUCUACCAGAUCCUACGGGGCUUAAAGUACAUCCAUUCUGCAGACAUUAUCCACAGAGACCUGAAGCCCAGUAAUCUGGCUGUGAAUGAAGACUGUGAACUCAAGAUCUUGGAUUUUGGCUUGGCACGGCACACGGAUGAUGAAAUGACGGGCUACGUGGCAACACGGUGGUACAGAGCCCCAGAGAUCAUGCUCAACUGGAUGCACUACAACAUGACAGUGGACAUUUGGUCAGUGGGCUGCAUCAUGGCUGAACUACUUACAGGACGGACGCUCUUCCCUGGCACAGACCACAUUGAUCAGUUGAAGCUUAUAAUGAAAAUCGUUGGAACCCCAGGGCCCGAGCUCUCGAUGAAAGUCUCUUCAGAGUCUGCAAGGAACUACAUUAACUCACUUCCCCAGACGCCCAAGAGGAACUUUGCUGAUGUGUUUAUUGGUGCCAACCCUCAAGCUGUGGACCUGCUGGAAAAAAUGCUCGUGCUGGACACAGAUAAGCGGAUCACAGCGUCUGAGGCCUUGGCUCACCCGUACUUUGCUCAGUACCAUGAUCCAGACGAUGAGCCUGAAGCAGAGCCAUACGACCAGAGCUUUGAAAGCCGUGAGCUGGAAAUUGAGGAAUGGAAGAGGCUAACUUAUGAGGAGGUCAUCAGCUUCGUGCCACCGACAUUUGAUGGAGAUGAGAUGGAGUCAUGAGAAGGAGGAGGAGAAGGCAUCUUUUUCUUCCAUCUUUUAUUUUAAGGACUAUCAAUCUCAUGUGACUAUCCAUCACUUUUUUCACACAUGCACACAACCAUGACAUUCAAGUGCCUGCCGCCAUUCAUCUCCGGGGGACGUUGCGAUAUCAGGGAUAAAACUUGGCAUCCUGUUCCUUCUAUCACCCGACUUUACUUUGCUGUUUUUACUUUUGUAAUCUCUACACCCCAGCGCACUAAGGCAGACUCGUAGUCCCCUCUUAUAUUUUUAGCAAGGUUUUUUUUUAAUCUCAGACAUUUAUUGGUUGCACUGAUCCCCUCUUUAAUUAAAAAACUGGAAACUUCACGUUAGUAUCUUUGAGAAAAUGAAAGAUGCAAAACCCUUGAUGUGCAUUUUAUAAAAAUUCUCCUUAGCAGUAAUUAUUGUCACCUGUGGGAAACUUUCACAUUUCAAUUGCGAAAAGUCUCAAGUUUUUCUUUCCUCCAUACUUCAAAAUCAAACCUUAUUUCUAUCAGUGCAUAGAAUUAUGUAUAUAUGUCAAACAUUAUCUGUACAUAGGUACUUCAGUCAAACCAGUUACAGUAAUUAUGUAAUAGUAAAGUGAUGAGUCACACCUCAUACAGUCCCUUUGACAGUAUGAAUUAUAUCACUAGAGUUUGGUUUAGAACUGUAAAAAUUACACACUUUGUAAUUUAAUUCAAGUAUGCAUAGGGUAGUAUAAAAAUGUAAAAUCUUCAACUUAAAAAUGUAAAAUUCAAGGCUUAAUGUUUAAAACAAAGGCUUAGAUUUCCCCCCUUUACACUCAAAUAGAAGUACAGAAGUAUGGAGACUUGGUUAUUGUGUAUCCUUUCCCCUUUCUGAACAUUUCUGUUGUUUUCUUUUUUUCCAUCCAUAUAAAUUCACCUUUAAGCACUUCUGAUGUAUUGUUGCAGAAGAAUGUUUAAGCCAAUAUUUUCACCACUUAUGCAUGGUCAAGCCAGAUUUGGCUCAUCAGUUUAUAAAAUGUAAUGUUUCCAACCACAACACCAACAGGCAAUGUACUUUUAUCAUAUUACAUUUAUAAAACGCAGUACUAUUAAUGUUUAUUGAAUGUUGGGGUGCCAGUCAACCUCUUAUUUAUGAUCUGUUGUUAUGUUGUUUGUAUAUCAGCGUCAAAGAGAAUAUUAUUUGUCUCAAUUUUAGGUUCUUUUUUAAAAAAAUAUUUAUAGAGAGCUUACUGUAUCAGAAACCAAAUGUGUCAUCAGUAAUCUCAAACAUCAGUAAAGCUGUGGUGGCUGCAGCUACAGCUUGUGUAACAGAACCAAUGUUUUUAUAUUGCAGCAAACCACGUAGUUUUUAAUCUCUUUGAUAAGUGUUCAAGAGAAGUCCUUCAAUAAUCGUUUCUUGCUUUUGUCUUUAAGGUACAGCCUUCAAAGGUUAUCCUGACUUCAAAUCCUUGACAAAAACAGCAAAAUCAAAGCAAAAUGUGUCUUACAGUAUGUCCACAUUGUAUUGGCAUACAUCCCACUAAUCAGUAAACACUGAGGUCCGAAGAGGUCUAAGAGUGCAAACGUUUAUGGAUAAAGUAAAUUUUUGCUUGUCAUCAUUUCGAGGAGUCAGAUUACAUCCACAAGAGACAAAUGCUUUCCACAAAACCUCUUACUAUUAUCAUCCUAACAUUAAGAAGUGUCUUCACUAGUUCAUUUGCAUCUCCCUGUUUUCAUGUAAUAUUUUUUCUCAUGAAUUAUUUUAUUCUUUGUGUGUUAAAUCAAGAUUUGGUGUUACUCUGAUUCUGUACAAUUGAUUAUUUUUGAACUCUAUUUGUCAUACAUUUGAAUGAUCUAGCAAGGCACAUGUUUGUGGGAAAAAGUGUACGUUUACUCACUAGAUGCUGAAGCACAAUGCUGAAGCCUGAAUCUGUGUUGUUUUAAAAACAACUGCAUACAUUACAUUAUUUAUCUUGUCCAUAUCCCAGUGUUGGUAGUUCAUUUGGUUACGCUUCCUUUGCCUGAAAUGUGUUUAUAUCUUUUUACAAUGUUCUUUACCACAUGCACCAAGGCAGCACGCCACCUGUAAAUACCACCAUUAGAAAUUAAAGGCUACUAUUUUUCAA